ACGUCGCAAACUUCAGAGAGCUCGUUCAGAGACUCACCGGAAAACCCACCGCCGAUCACCUCAAGGUCCGCAAUAUGAAGAAGCCAAGGUUGUGCAGAAGGAGACAAGACCAUCAUCAUCAACAAGAACCAGCCACGGUUAGCAGAAAAAUGGAACAGCUUAGAAAUGGGUUGAAUGUUGUUGGGAAUUUUGGUACUACACACCAGAGGGUUAAGGAGGAAGAUGAUCAUGACGAUGACAAUGGUGAUCGGAUGAUGGUGUGGGGCAGCAGUCAUAAUCAUCAUUAUGAUGAUGAUCAUCAGAAUUCAUCAGGUGGGUUUUUGAAUGAUUUUGCGGACUUAGAUGGAUUCAUUCAAGAGCUUGGUGAUCAGUUCCCUUUGUUUCCUACGGAUCAUGCCAGUGCUCAUCAUCAUCAUCAUCAUAAUAAUCACAUUCAAUAUGCUACUUCUGAAGAAACUCAUCAACUUGCUUGA